AUGUUAUGGGAGUACUAUAACAACAAAGUCUUGUUCGUCACUGGCGGGACUGGAGUCAUAGGCACUGCAGUUCUAUACCGCCUCUUGACCCAAUCUACCCCAAAGCAGGUAUAUGUGCUGAGCCGUGGUGGUCACUCAAAAGCAAAGGCAAAAUGGUCCAGCAUGCUGCCAGGUCACGUCGCGAAAGUUCUCUACGAUAGCAAAUGUCUCACCGUCAUGGAUGGUGAACUUGGAGACACGGCAACAAUGGAUCUAUCAGAUAAAGACUUGCAAAUGUUGAAAAGAACUGUGCAUAUCAUCAUCCACAUCGGCGCGACGAUGGAGUUCACCCAUUCCCUCCGCGAGCUGUCAUACACUAUUCUCGCACCUACAGUAUGCUUGACCCAGUACGCACUGAAAUUCGCCAACCUGGAACGGUUCGUCUUUCUCUCAACAGCAUAUGUCAAUGCCCAUCUGUGGAACACCAGCAAAUCCUCAGACGUCCCAGUCGAAGAACGGAUAUACCCCCUGGAAAACGAAGACGAAGAUCCUCCCUACACAACAGCUCCAGAGAUAUGGAGAUGCGUCCAGAAAACAGGUACAUCAGACGAGUACGACGCCCAUGACUUCCCGUGGCCAUACGCCUACGCCAAACACCUCGCCGAACGUCUAGUUCUAGAAAAAGCAGCCCAGAAAAACGCCCUCGACAAGAUCCUCAUCAUUCGCCCUUCCGUCGUCGGUCCAGCCGAUCAGCUCCCCUACCCGGGCUUCACAACCUCCCACAUAACACCCGCGACUGCUUGUGCAGCUGCAUACGCACUACACCCCGGACGAAAGAUCCAUCUUUCCACCCGCUGCGAAAAUCCCGAUCAAGAGGUAACCAUCGACGAAGUCCCGGUGGAUGUCGUCGCGGACCGACUUCUCGUACAUGUAGCUCUUGGCUCGAGCGGAUGCGUCCAUGCCGUGAGUGGAGAGAAGGGUAGACUACGGAUGGAAGAUUGGUGGCAUGCUUUCAAGACUGAGCGUCGACUUCCUUGGCAGGUGAAAGCUAUUUGGAAUGCGGGGGAUUGGCAUUCUGCGAAUCUGCAUCAUAUUGCUCGGGAUUUCAAAAUUAUUGGGACUUCGUUUGCGUUUUUGGAUGGGAAGACUGAUGCGUUGGUUGAAGGGAUUAGUGCGGAGGAGAUGGGGAUGCUUAUCCUUUAUGCGGAUCGGUCGAAGCCGUAUCAUCAGACUAUGAUUCAUCGGCGGCAUCAUAUUCAUAGUGCGGCGAGGGUGUUGGCGAAGAAGACUUUGUGGCCGGCGUGCGCGGUGCGGUUGCUUUGUCGAAAGGGGACUUCGCCGGUUAUGAUGAAACAACUGAAUGAGAAGGAAAGCAAUUUAUAG